AUGGCAUCCGUUAAAGUCAGCUGUGUUCCUAGAAACCCAGACUUGUUGUGGUUACAAGCUCCAGAUGAGCAUCGCUCAUACAACGUCUCCCACGACCGUAAUGUGACAGUGCCACGUUGCAGAAAAGGUGAUGGCGUGCUAGCUGAAGUGAUGCAGGCAGGUGUGCCCGAGGCAGUUCUUGUCCAUGUCAGGAGUGCUGGGUUUUUCCAACUCUUCCUGGCAGGUAUUUGCCAACUUGAUCAUUCUUUGAUCAACGUGUUGGUGGAGAGGUGGCGUUCGGAAACCAACACGUUUCACCUUCCUGUUGGUGAAGCCACUGUCACCUUGCAAGAUGUGCAGGUGAUAUGGGGUUUACCCAUACAGGGACUAGCGGUAACUGGUGUAUGGGUUACAGAAACCCAAGAUGAAGAUUAUUGGAACAAUCUGUGUCAGGAAUAUCUAGGUUUUAUUCCUUCAGAAGAUCGUGAUAGCGUGAGCAAGGGGCGGAUCAAUUUUAACACCUUGGCUUUGUCCAUUAAUUUUAGCAAUUUGGACGAGAAAAAUGAGCAGGAGUGCAUAUGCAUGGCUAGAAGGAUUAUUCUAACUCUGAUUGGUUCGGAGCUUUUUCUUGACGCUAACACAAAAGAUGUUAGUUUGAACUUAUUGAGGAACUUGGUCGACAUGAGCAAAGAAGGUCGAAGGAGUUGGGGUUCAGCAACCCUUUGUUGUUUGUAUAGAAACCUGUCUAAGGCGACCAAGCCUGAUAGAAUGGGCAUUUAUGGGCCUUUGUUGUUGAUGCAGUAUUGGGCGUGGGAAAGAUUCCCACGCAUUGCCCUACAAGUCACACCAUUCAAAGAGGAAAUAAACAGUCCGUAUGCUUACCAGACUGUUUUAGCAAACAAGUGGUUGGGAGAACACUCAAAUUUUCAUACACCGGCACACUGUCUAAGUUCGUACCGUUCAAAUGGACUCCGUAUAAGGAUUUCAUGA